AUGGCUCCGACAGCGGCCCCCCUUUACCCGGAGGCGAUCCUCGUACCGGUUCUCUCCUUCAUCUCCAUGCUUCUCAGUAUCGUGCCCCUAGUAUUGCAUUGGAAGAACCGAAACUUCGCUGCAAGCAGCCUCAUCUGUUGGUAUCUGGUUCUCAACCUCUUUAACAUCAUUAAUGCCCUUAUUUGGCCGACGGACGACGACUGCGAUGUUGAGGCCAAGAUCAUGAUUGGCAGCUACAUUGUCAUCCCGGGGACCUUGGUCUGUAUUUUUCGCAAUUUGGCCCAUGUCCUUGACACUAGCCUGAUGGUCCUCUUGUUCUGUGUGAUCGCCCCGGUGAUUGCCAUGCUCACACACUACAUCUACCAGCGAGGUAGAUACUUUCUCUUUGCUAUUGCUGGCUGCUUCAAUAGCUAUGAUCAAAGCUGGGUGACCCUUGCGCUAGCAUGGAUCUGGCCGCUUAUCAUAUGUUUGAUUGCGGCAUACUACUGUGUUCUCGUCUUGCAUCGCCUUGCCAAAUACCGAAGCCAGUUCGGGGACAUACUCCAGUCGGCCAAUAGUAACUUGACCAAACCGAGGUUUAUGCGGCUGUUCCUCCCUGCUUUUGUCAUGCUGUGGGCCAUUCUUCCGGUUCAAACCUAUGUUGUCUCAACGAACAUAAUCCGUACGCAGCCAUGGCACCCAUACUCGUGGAGUACGGUUCACUCGCAGGAGUGGGACAAGGUCAUCAAGGUUCCUACGGGAGGGCAUGUUUUCUACGACCGCUGGAUUCCAGUUGCUUCGGGAUAUGUGUUCUGUAUCUUCUUUGGGAGUGGCAGAGAUGCUUCGAAAAUGUAUUGCACGAUCUUGGGUUUCCUGGGCUUUGGCUACUUCUUUACAUCACUCCAGUCGUCGACAGCAAACGGCUCCUAUGCAACGGGCUCCACGGGUAGCCGUGCAAAACUACUGUUCCAUAAAACGUGGACGACCACGACCAGGACACACGUUAACAGCUCUGUCGACGCUGCUCGGUCCGCUCAUGUCUACCGUGAUAUCGAAAAGGGUGCCACGUCUCGAGCUAAGCAAUCGAAGUUGGCGUCGUGGUACAGACGGCCCUGGUUUUCACAAAGCCGACAUCCCUCUUCCAGCCAGGAAAGGAUGGUCGCCCUUCACCAUAUGCCCGAGCCGACAACCACGGUUUCUACCAACGCUUGGGCUGGGGUGAGUCAGAGUCGUGGAAGUAGUGACAUUGGAACCACGCCACUUGCGGGGGACCACAUUCGGGUGAAGCAGGUGAUCAGUCAGGAGAGCGAGGUGCAGGUCUAACAAUGCCUGCCACCAUGGCCUUUUUUUGUUCCUUAAUGCGUGGAAGGCCACGAAACGAAGGACCCAUCAGAUUCUGUUUGUGAGUCUUGGCCUUUGAUACGUACCUCUCCUGUACACUCUUAUUGGACCAUGCUUCAACCCACUGUUUUAUGUUUCCGAAUUUUAUCCAGGAAUCUGUCCAUUUCUUAUCUGCCACUACAGAUGCUUGACCUAGGUUACAAGAGUGAUUCGAAGUGUACCCGACAAUCUGAUUAAUACUAGCUACUGUACCGUAAGACAGCUCAACGUGCUAUAAACACUUAUAUUGCACGUUACCGAUAGCCUUCUGACAUCAAGUUAUAUCAUCUCG